AGUCCAUUCAAAUUGGUGUAAUAAAUAACUGAAUCGGUAAUACGCAUUGCCUACUUUCACAGUCCCGUGUUUUCGCGACAUUAUGGUAAAAGCAUUCUUCAGCUUCCUCCUCAACCCAUAUGACAUGCCGCCCUCACAGUUGGGAGCAUUGAUGCUGCAGACUGUGGCGAUACAUUCAAAUAUAGAACAACUACCGGCGUCGUAAACGAUGGAUUCGGGUGAAGGUUGCUCAGAUGAAUUAACUUUAUCAACGGCUCCUAGAGAGCUCACUCAAAACCCGCUGAAGAAAAUUUGGAUGCCUUGCAAAAACGGCCUUCCAGAGAAACACAUUUUUCAAAGAAAGGUAUGCAUGACCAACUGUCCCACCCUCAUUGUCACCGUCGGCCUCCCUGCCAGAGGGAAGACGUACAUCUCCAAGAAACUGACCCGCUACCUCAACUGGAUCGGCGUUCCCACCAAAGAGUUCAAUGUUGGCCAGUACAGACGAGACUGUCUGAAGAUCUACAAGUCCUUCGAGUUCUUCAGUCCAGACAAUGAAGAGGGUCUGAAGAUCAGACAACAGUGUGCGUCAGCAGCAUUAAACGAUGUACGGCAAUACCUGACGGACGAGGGAGGCCAAGUUGCUGUGUUUGAUGCUACAAACACCACUAGAGAAAGGAGAGAGACCAUAACAAGGUUUGCAGAGCAGAAUGGCUUUAAGGUAUUUUUUGUGGAGUCUGUUUGUGAAGACCCUGCAGUCAUUGCCGAAAAUAUUGUGCAAGUGAAGCUGGGCAGUCCAGACUACACUCACUGCAACACAGAUGAAGCAGUGGAGGACUUCAUGAAAAGGAUUAAAUGUUAUGAGAACUCCUAUGAAACCUUGGAUGAGGUUUUGGACAAGGAGCUCUCCUAUAUCAAGAUCAUUGAUGUUGGUCGCCGUUACCUGGUCAACAGAGUUCAGGACCACAUCCAGAGCCGUAUUGUGUACUACCUCAUGAACAUUCACAUCACGCCACGCUCCAUCUACCUGUGUCGACACGGGGAGAGUGACCUCAACAUCAAGGGUCGCAUUGGGGGAGACUCAGGGUUGUCGCUCAGGGGAAAAGAUUUUGCCAAGCAGUUGGGCGAGUUCAUCCUGGAACAAGACAUCAGUGACCUGAAAGUGUGGACCAGUCAGAUGAAGAGGACAAUUCAGACUGCAGAAGCUCUAAAUGUCCCGUAUGAACAGUGGAAGGCUCUGAAUGAGAUUGAUGCAGGGGUUUGUGAGGAGAUGAUGUAUGAGGAGAUUCAGGACCAUUAUCCCCUGGAGUUUGCGUUGCGGGACCAAGAUAAAUACAGAUAUCGCUAUCCCAAAGGAGAGUCCUAUGAGGACCUGGUGCAGCGUCUGGAGCCAGUCAUCAUGGAGCUGGAGAGGCAGGAAAACGUGCUGGUCAUCUGCCACCAAGCGGUCAUGCGCUGCCUCUUGGCCUACUUCCUGGACAAGUCCGCAGAGGAGCUGCCUUAUUUGAAGUGUCCCUUGCACACUGUGCUGAAGCUCACGCCUGUGGCCUACGGCUGUAAAGUGGAGUCCAUUUUCUUAAAUGUGGAUGCAGUGAACACCCACAGAGACAAACCAGAGAAUGUAAAUGUACACCGCACCACAGAAGACGCCUUGCAGACUGUCCCUACUCAUCUAUGACUUGGUGAUGGCUGUCUCAAUGGUGGCAAAAUAUGUUCCUUUUCUUCCAAAUCAUAGUGAUCCUAGUGAUGUCUUGACAGAUUCCUCAGACAUUUGUCAUUGUCUUUCUUAUGAAUCAAUACCCUUUGUGUAAUUUACAGUGUAUUUUAUGGCAUUGUUAACUUUGCAGUGUCCUAUUCCUGUGAGCAAUGGGGGUUUAUUUAAACACCAGUCUAUUUAUCAGUCUGUGAGAAAUCUCAAGUGCUGACCACAUCUCUGUACCAUUCUGCUCACACUAACACAAAACUACUGCAGAUCAGAGGGGAAGAAUUCUUUGUGUUUUUCUGUGCACUUUCUGAUGGAUAGCCUUAUAUACUGCCCUAGCACUAUACACAACACUGUUCAAUUGUACCAUUGUGGUUGAUCUUUUCUCUCUGUUUUUUUGAGGGAAAGGGAUUUAGUUUGUGGCUUUCAUGACUACAUAUCCUUAUGUUGUGAUGGAUAAACUCAACCAGUUCUUCAAUGCAGUAACAUGUUGGUGAAUAUUUGUAAAUGUUGCCUUUUUCUCUUUGGGAAAAAUAUUUUUAAAUAUUUAUGUAUCAGAAUUGAUCAGAUGGUUUGGCAUUAGUGAAGUGCCAAGCCAUCAUAUAAAUGCAGAUUUAUUUAUACAUGUUAAGUUUAAAAUAAUUCAACUCAGUUGUAGAGUUGUUCUAAAGGGAGCAUGAAACUUUAAUGUGUUUAAUGUAUGUGAAAUGCAAGUGUGCAGUGUCAGUCGUCUACAGUUUUUACUAUCCCCUAGUAUGACAUCACACAAAUCAGCUGUUAUAUAUAUGUAAAGAAAUUAAGGCCCCUAUAAAACUUCAUUGCUCUGAGAUGUCAGCCUAAACUUGCUAAGAAGAAAACCUAUUCAUGUCUCAGAUCAGCUGUAUACCUUCCAUACAUUUCCAGUAAAUCAAUGCAAUGCAAACCCAGUUUGUAAUGUGGUAUCUUUGAUCAGUCAUCAUGAUUUGAACUUAUUUGACAAGUUGCUAACCACAUAUCUGAACAUGGGUAAUGAAAGCUUUUUUAUUAUGAUAUUUUCUGAACACUGAAUUUUGUUUUCUGAAAUGUGAUUU